GCCAUGGCGUCUGCUGAUCUGAGAGUUGAGCUGGACUGCUCCAUCUGCCUGGACACCUAUACAGAUCCUGUAAUGCUGAGAUGUGGACACAACUUCUGCCGGGUCUGUAUUGAUCGUGCACUGGAAACACAGGACGAGUCUGGGGUUUAUACCUGUCCUGAAUGCAGAAAAGAGUUUCAGGAGCGGCCUGCACUGAUGAGGAACUUAGCUCUGCGUAACAUUACGGAGAAUUUCCUGUUUACGCAACAUAAAGAUAUGGAAACCGGGAUCUGCUGCACUUACUGUGUGGACUCUCCUGUACCUGCUGUAAAAUCCUGUCUGAUGUGUGAGGCUUCUCUGUGUGAAAAACACCUGAGAGUUCACAGCAAGUCAUCAGAACACGUCUUAUCUGACCCCAGCACUUCCCUGGAGAACAGGAAAUGUUCUGUACAUAAGAAGAUCCUGGAGUAUUACUGCACUGAGGACUCUGCUUGUAUCUGUGUGUCCUGCAGUUUGGCCGGAGAACAUAAGGGACAUCGGGUGGAGAUGCUGGAUGAGGCCUCUGAGAAGAAGAAGAAGAAACAAAGAAAUCUUCUUCAGAAACUGACCAGAAAGAGGGAGGAGUCUGAGAAAAGAGUCCAGAACCUAGAGGAGCACUGGAGAAAAGCACAAGAAAAAGCAUCUGGGGAAGCAGAGAGAGUCACUGCCCUGUUUACAGAUAUCAGGAGACAACUGGACGACCUGGAGAAGAGGGUCCUAAGUGAGAUCUCCAGGCAGGAAAAGGAAGAGUCACUUUCAUUAUCUUCUUUGAUCCAGAAGCUGGAAGUAAAGAAGGACGAGCUGUCCAGGAAGAUGAGACACAUUGAGGAGAUGUGUAACAUGACUGAUCCACUGACUGUCUUACAGGAACCAGAUACAGGUGAUUUGUGUGAUCCUGAGGAGGAAGGAGGUGAUGAAGACAUAAAUAGAUGUCUCCAUGAUGUAGGUGAUCUGGAUGUGGCUGUGAUCUCAGACAAAUUACACACAUUAUGUGACAUAAUAACAGAUAUAAGGAGAGGGAUCUAUAUGGAGGGUCCUGGAGACAUAUUACUGGAUGUAAACACAGCUGCUAAUAACAUCCUUAUAUCAGACGACCUGAAAACUGCAACUGCGACAUACAAGGAUCAAAAUCGCCCAGAAACAGCAGAGAGAUUCCAGAAUUUUCAGGUGAUGAGCAGCAGGAGAUUUACCUCAGGGCGACAUUACUGGGAUGUGGAGAUUAGUGGAUCAGAGACAUGGAGGGUGGGGAUGUGUUAUCCCAGUAUAGACAGGUGGGGAGGCCAGUCAUACAUUGGAGAUAAUAACAAGUCCUGGUGUUUGAGUAGGUUUAUUAAUCAGUAUGUAGUGAAACAUGAUGGUAAAGGUAUCAAAUUACCUGACAAGAUAUCCAGUAAUAGAUUCAGGAUAUGUCUGGACUAUGAGGCCGGGCAGCUGUCCUUUUAUGAGCUGUGUGACCCCAUCAGACACUUACACACCUUCACUGCCACCUUCACAGAGCCCCUUCAUGCUGCAUUAUGUGUAUGGAGCAGUUCUGUAAAGAUAUCAGGGGGAAGAAGCAAUUGGGAGAAACCUUCAUAACCUAUAAAAUCUGCCCUGAGACUGGUGACACUGUAAGAUAUCACAAAUUGUAAUAUGAAACGGAUUUGGUAAUCCUCUCCAAAUCUAGUGUAUGAGUUAUUUGGAGUAAAGAACGCGAGGAGGACUCAUCACCAGGAUUCAACAAGAGUUAUAUAUAAAAAAAUAAAAUAAUAUUGUGAUUUAUUUUCAGUCUUCAUAAAAGAUGAUUACUUACAAAAAUAGUUUAGGAAGUCUUAAUCUAUUGUCCAUGUGUGACUAUGAAAGUCCAUAAAGUAUCAAUGUUUAACGUCAGGAAUCCUCUUCCAAGGCUCCACGUUCCUCAGCAACCCCCAGCAGAGUGAGUAAGAAGACGACCCCUUUGUCUGUUCCUAUACCAUAGAUACAGACGUGAGGCGUGUCUUACUAAUGUAUGGGCUUAUAUAUUGUCAUAAUGUAUAUGGUAGACUUCAAAUAUAGGUCUUGACAUUCUCAUACAGACCUCCCAUUGCCAAAUGUAUUACUAUAGAUGGUGUCAGUGUGUAGUGUAACAAACUCUUUAUACUAAAUACCAAUUAAUAUUAUAUCACAUAUUAUUUAACCAGUACAGGACCGCCGCACGCAGGAUUGCGUCUUUGCGGCAGCCCUGUUAUU